GCGCGAGCGCUGCCGGGGGUCGCGCCCCCGCCUGGGACUCUCCGCUGUCCCCGCCGUGCCGGAGGCUCUGGGUGCCGAUCGAGUCUGUGCCGGUGAGGGCGCAGGGACCGGCGGCCGGGAGAAGAGGGAAGGGCGGGCGGAGGCAGGGCUUUCGGAAAGUCCCGGGAACGCAAGGUUCAGGCCGCGCUAGCUAGAAGCCAGCCGUUUCGCGGAAAGGGAAAACGAAAGCGGCAGGCCGCUCUGUAGAUCCGCCCCCCUUCAGAAUGUGGCCCGCCCAGACUAUUUUGGGAGAAGGCGUGGGAAUCCGAUCUGAGGUUCUGGAGAGAGAAGUCUUGAGGCUCCGCCUGCUCCAUCAAGCACACUCGUCCUUCCUUUCAUUGCUACCUCUUGCGGAUCCCACUUGUCGGGACUUUCUUUACCCCAGCCUUGGGACCUUCUUAACCCCAGGCCUUUUCGUCACUUGUCUCUGGGCAGUUCUGUCCUAAGUAGGUUAGCGCCUGGGGCGAAGCCGCACCGAAAGGACCCCGGCGCCCCCUAGCGGUCUUGGUGAGGGCGCGGGGCUGUAUAGGCUGAGUGCUGCCCUCGGUCCCAGGAAGAAAACCAGUGCCCCAGGCGGCAAGGAGAGCGGCGCCUCGCGGAGAUGCUGCGGUCUGGCGAGGUCCACACUGGGCUAGGAGAGGAGAUAGGGAAAAUGGGAAGAUGGAAGGGAAAUCCCGUAUUGGGAGUCAUCUUGGCCUAAAUUACUGUAUGACCUUGAGCCGGUCACCUCCCCUCUCUGGGAAUGUUUCCUCAUCUGUAACAUGAGAGAAUCAAGACUCUUCCUGCUCUGACAUCUCAUCCUCCACAUCUCCGCAGACGACCAUCAUGGCAGUGGAGUUCGACGGAGGUGUUGUGGUGGGUUCUGACUCCCGGGUGUCUGUAGGCAGAAAGGCAGUGGUAAACCGAGUGUUUAACAAGCUGUCUCCACUACACCAACACAUCUAUUGUGCUCUCUCUGGUUCGGCUGCUGAUGCCCAAGCCAUGGUUGACAUGGCCGCCUACCAACUGGAGCUCCAUGGGUUGGAACUGGAAGAAUGUCCGCUUGUUCUAGCUGCUGCCAACGUGGUAAGGAAUAUCUCUUAUAAAUAUCGGGAGGACCUGUCUGCACAUCUCAUAGUAGCUGGCUGGGACCAACGUGACGGGGGCCAGGUGUACGGAACCCUGGGAGGAAUGCUGACUCGGCAGCCCUUUGCCAUCGGUGGCUCUGGCAGCACCUAUAUCUACGGUUAUGUGGAUGCGGCAUAUAAACCAGGCAUGUCCCCUGAGGAGUGCAGGUGUUUCACCACCAAAGCUAUCACUCUGGCCAUGAACCGGGAUGGUUCUAGUGGGGGUGUCAUCUACCUGGCCACUAUUACAGCUGCUGGUGUGGACCAUCGAGUAAUUUUGGGUAAUGAGCUGCCGAAAUUCUAUGACAAGUGAAUCUUCCUCAGACCUCCUUUCCUUAUUUUGUAAAUAAACUGUCUGGGACCAGAACCUGGUAUGGUCAACGGAAAAUGGGUGCUCAAGGAGAUGAAGGUUAGGGGAGGGGGCUUCUUCCCUCCCAGAAGUUAGAUACCCUUUCUUAAUGUGUUCAUUCACAUUAAAGAUCAAUACAUGACAAUUGC